GGAAGUCUUAAGCAAGCCAAGAGACAGAGCAAACCCAGAAAUUCAUAGAUCAGGAGGACAGAGAGACGAACAAGAAACGGAAAACUAAGUUUUCACAGGAGAGGAACCCAGCCAGCCAGGUAGUGAGCUGCUAUCCCGGUGGGCAACUAACAAAUGUUCAGCGACAGCUACUAGCCAACAACUGGAACUGGAGGACAUAAAGCGUGGUUUUACACAAAAGAAUCCUGACUUGAGAGGCGGACAGUGCCAAAAGUGAGGCGAGGGAAAAGAAAGCCAUGGCCCCAGUGAUUGAGCGCUCCAGUUCUGGGGUUCUUUCUCGCAGUAGGGCCAAAAUAGCCACUAAUGGCAACAGUCAGCACUCCGAGUCAGAGAGCAGUGAUGAAGAGCACUCACAUGAUAGUAUGAUUCGUGUUGGGACAGACUACCAGGCACAAAUCCCAGAGUACAUACCAGACUGUGAGUCACGCUACAGUGAGAAGGACCAGAGAAGUAUGCUUGUGUGGUCACCCAACAGCCAGGUGUCUGACGUCAUGUUGGAUGAGUACAUCUUGAUGGCCAAAGAGAAGCACGGCUACAACAUGGAACAGUCUCUGGGCAUGCUUCUCUGGCACAAGCACGAUGUGGAGAAGUCGCUGGCUGACCUGGCCAACUUCACACCUUUCCCAGAUGAGUGGACUGUGGAAGACAAGGUGCUGUUCGAGCAGGCCUUCAGCUUCCAUGGCAAGAGCUUCCGCCGGAUCCAACAGAUGCUGCCGGAUAAGCUGAUCUCUAGUCUGGUGAAGUACUACUACUCCUGGAAGAAAACCAGGACUCGCACCAGUGUCAUGGACCGGCAAGCUCGCAAACUCCUCAGCAAGAGGGAGAAGGAGGACAGUAAUGAUGAGCUGGAGGAAGGAGACCCAGGCAGUGACAGUGACUUUGAGGUCGACACCAAGAAAGAGACCAAGCAGAGCUCAGGUGCUGCGGGCAGCGGUGAAAGGUGCCAUGGCAGGUCAGGCCCAACGCGGAAGGAAAACCAGGGGGCACAGUACCGGCACCAUCCAAUGAGGGCGCGGCGCAGACCCCCGAAGGGCAUGCACCUGGACCGGGAUGACAUCAUCGCUCUCUCUACAUCCACAGAGUCGGGGACCGUUUCCCAUCGACAGCUGGACACUCAGCUAGUGUCCCUGAAGAGACAGGUUCAAAGUAUCAAGCAAGCAAACAGCGUUCUCAAGCGCAGUUUAGCAGAAGGAAUUGAUUCUAUAAGACCAAAUGAGCCCAAUCCCAAGAUAAACUCCCGCUGGUCCACAGAGGAGCAGCUGUUGGCGGUACAGGCCAUUAGGCGGUACGGUAAAGACUUUGCAGCCAUAGCUGACGUGAUUGGGAACAAGACGGUGGGUCAGGUGAGCUCAUUCUUCGUUAGCUACCGGCGACGCUUCAAUCUGGAGGAGGUGCUGCGAGAGUGGCAGGCGGAGCAGGAGGCGCUGCGUGGGAGCGGUGGGGCCCUGAAGGACCUGAACGGGACGGCAGGAGCGGAGGAAGAGGAGGGGAAGCUCGAUGGUGUCUCUCCUCCACACUCAGGCAGCCCUACUCCCUCCUCCGAAGCAGCCAGCAACACCAAUUCCAACCAGUCCUCCCCCCUCCUUACCCAGCCCCCACCCUUACUGCGCCCCACUCCCCCCACCGCACCACCCAGCCUGCUGCGUCAGCCCCCUCCCCUCCAGACACGCCCCCUCCAGAACCGCACUCCGCACAACCAUCCCCCGCCCCCACUCAUCAGACCUGCAGUGGCACCAUCCCUCCACCAGGGCGGCCUGAGGAACUCUCUCAGCUCCUCUCCUGCAGGUUCAGGUGGGCAGCUACCUCCCUCUCUGGUAGGGCUGAAGGUGGAGCCCACCCACUCGCACUGAUUGGCAUGAGCUGCUGAACGUUGUCCUCUUGCGUCGAGAGCAGUUUUCACAUUUCUCCGGUCGUUGAGGGCGGUGUGAAACAGCAACUUCUACAAAGUGCUCACCCCAAUGAGGAGUCAGUAGUGUACAGGUGGCAAGGGGGUUGAAAAUAGACAUACACAUACAUUACUACAGCUGUUAAGUCAGAUAGUAUGAGUCAGAGAUGGUGACACAGAGUUAGAGAGGUAGAAUGAGUCAGCAGUACUCUGCUUGAACAUCGUAGGACACCUUCCUCCUUCCAUUGCAACAGGACAGAAAGCCCCUAUCAAACACCAUCUCACACACAAGCAGCUACCAGCCUCCCUCAUCUAAUACAGCAAAAACCUCAGUCUAAACUUGCCAAAAACAGACCCCUCACCAUGCAAAUCCCACAGGCCUCAGGACUUAAGGAUAUACCUCAUAAUAGGCCCACAUACCACUGUUUCCCCAGUAACCACAUUGUCCAUUACAGCAAUGACCUUUGAUGAGCGAUGCUUGAAGACAAUACGUUUAGUACUUGAACCAAAAUUUUCUGGAGGAGGGGAGGAAAAAAAAAUUAAGGACUUUUACACUGGACUGUCAUGGUAAUUAAAUGUCUUGACGACUGAAAUCACUGGUUCCACCAACCUCAAUCUCCAUGGCAACAGAACAUCUCAAACUGUGCAACAUCGGGUUCUGGAGUACAUUUGGCAUCAUGAAUCUGGGAAUGUGCAUUUUCACACUACCAUUAAAGAGCCAUGUACUACUGGAAUCAGAGUGAUGCAUUUUGAUAUUCUUUAUCUAGGCCCCUGAAAUGUUGGUAGAUAGUGAAGUUAUGUAGAAGUUAUGUAGUUAAUAUUGAAGCACUAAACCCCAAAUACUUGACAUUUUGUGCAUAAACUAAAUUACACUGAUUCUUGAAUUGAUCGUCUUGCUUUUGAAGGCACAUAUGUAAGACGUAACACUAAAGAGAAUAUUGUGUGCCAGUGGAGUUUUGUUUUCCCUUAAACCUUGUAUAUAAGGAAUGUUUACAUGUUAACUUGGAUUUGCUUGUGAUUGUUUUU